AUGAAAGCGCUCCCUCUUGCCGCGUGGUUCUUUGUGGGCGUGGAAGCGUUGAACUUGUCAAGUGACCAAGUGGAUCAGCCGAAGAAAAUCGUUCCGAAAGCUCAAGUUUUGUGUGUCGGGACGCUAUUUUGCACCGGUUUGGUGGUGUAUUUCGUGACUGCGGCACUUCCACCAGGCAUCGCUUCAUUACCUAGUGAACUCGUUCCGCUCAAUCGGGGAUUUACACUCAUGUUCAAUAUUUCCCAUCAAACCGCUACCAUUCUAUCCCUUCCAGCUACGUUCGCCACAGCUUUCGGGUUUAUGUGGUGUUACGGUAAACUCAUCUCUGCCAUGGCAAUGUCACGCCUUCUGCCGAAUAUUUUAUCCAAAACAACGAAGGAGAACGAGACGCCCUAUGGCGCCCUCCUUGCCGGAUCAGCACUCAGCUACGCUGUGUGUAUACUUUCGUACUUCGUGCCUGCGGUGGGUGAAAAUCUGUUCCGGAUCUGUAUUUUAUCGGCAUUUAUGUCGUACACGGGGCAAUGCAUCGGCUACAUUUCACUCAAGAAAAACUAUCGCAACAUCAAGAGCUCCGAGUUUCGGAGUCCGUGGGGAAUCGCAGGAGCGGUCUACUCGAUGACUAUCUGGAUUUUAGCUAUCAUCGCAGUGGCGGCUUUCCAAGAUAACAAGGGGAUCGAGAUCAUCGUAUUCUCGGUCGUAGCUACGCUUUUGACGCUAUUUUACUUUGGAUAUUCGCGCAAACGACAGACAUUUUCCGCUGCUGAGAAUCGAGUGAUGUUGGUGGCUCACGUGACCAAGUUUAACGUCAAGAAGGUCGCUGCAGGCCGACGAGUGAAACCACAAAAGGUGAGUAGUAGCAGUAGUAAGCGCACGGGUGGAGGGGGAACGGAGACGUCCCAAACAGAGAAAGGAAAGUUGAUGUUGAAAUCGGUAAAAUCCACGACGGGUACAAUCCGGUAG